AUGCAGAGCAUUCAGGACGUGGCCAUGGGCGGCGAAUCCAAGCACGAAGAAGAGGAAAUGGAAGAUAUUGAAAAGCCGGUCAUACCGGUAUGCUUUUCCACACCGCGUCGACAGAAGCACAAGACUGGCGGUGCUUUCGAGUCAAGCGUCACCUCGGAAUCGCCUCGGCGGCGCCUGUCAACGUCUCAAAGCCGCCUGGUAGCCUCAGGAAUGGAGGAAUCACCGGCUAAAUACUCCCCUAGUAAAGUAAAAGCAGCAGUGCGCUCGUUCGCGGAUUUUCUGCACUUUCUGGAAAAAGAAGGACGCCACGAGGAAGAUGCACUGAUGCCUGUAAUUAUUCAGAGAUUCGCAGAGCUUGGGGCCGUCAUCGAGUCUCAGAAGAGACAUAUUGAUCGCUGGAAGGGCAAAGAACUGGACUUGGCUAUCGAAGAGGCCCAGCAGAAUCUAGAGCUCAUCCGAGAGCUUGGAGAGACCGUUCAAAAGCAGGAGCUUCAAAUUGCUGGAGAUAACGUAGAGAAGCAGAAGUGGGAGGAGAAGUACCACCUUGCUGCUCAGGAAGUCGAGUCGCUGAAGAAAGAAGGUACUUAUCAGAUCCAACAGCUACGCGUGGAAGUUGAAACGUUGCGGCAAGCGGGAGUGGAUAUGGAGACGACGUUGAAGGAACGAGACGCUUCUCUUGAGACCUUACAGAAAAGCAAUGAUACACUGCGCUCACAGCUGGAGCGGAUGGAGCGUGAUAGCUCGGUGGUUGUGCAGGAAAACACGAAGCUGAAACAGCAAGAGGCCCACCAGUCCGACAAGCUGUAUUACCUUAACCAGGAAAUUAAUAAGCUGCGCGAGCAUAGCGAGUGCGUAGUGAGCAAAUGCACGGAGCUUGAAAAAGAUGUCACAAUUUGGCAGUCGAAACACGAGGAGAAAGAGUGUCAGAUUCAGGAACUGGAGAGCGCAUUAAAACAUGACAGACAGGAAAUGGGACAGCGGGAGGGAAAUCUUGAGCAUGUCAUGGGCGAAAACCGUAAACUGCAGGAGCACAUGGAGCGAAUGGCACAGGAGCACGAGAGACAUCUUGCUGAGCAACACAGAUGUCUGAGGGAGGCUGAAUCAGAGCGACAACGGCUACAUCAAGCACUCGAGCAAAAAACGAGUCAGUGCCAACAGCUAAAGAACGAGGCAGGUGAAAUGCAAGCGCAGAUUGAAGUGCAGGCGAUGUCUGCAAUGAAUCAACGCGAACAGCAGUUGCUGGGUGAAAAAUCUCGACUUGAAGAAGAGCUGCGACGUAAGCUCAGCGAAAUGAAUGAGGAGAAUGUUAAUUUGCAGGCUGAAGUUGAGAACCUCAAAGGCAUUAACCAACGCAAGAGUACCGAGAUUGGUCGUCUAAUGGCAUCCUCGCAAGAAGCAGAUCAGCUGAAGCAGCGCCAUAGCACGGAUACUCAACAAAUACAGCAGCUUAUGGAAGAAGUAGUGCAGGCAAAAGAUCGAAUCGAGAGCAUAUCCAAGGAUAUGGCUGCCAAGGACACCGCCCACGAAGAAGCGAUGAAGGUGCAGUCAGCCGACUUUGAAAACCAGUACAAUGAUUUUGUCUCUCAAGUGGAGGGACAGUUUAACACUUUGACACAUGAGAAUGAGCAGCUGCGAGUGGAACUGGAUGAGACGGCGAAGAAACUUGAAAUGAAUAGUGACCAGUUGCUAGCAGACAAAAGAGAGAUUGAGAAGUGGCACUCGGAGUACGAAGUGCUCCAGCACCAAUUACACGGCGUUAAUCGUGAGUAUGAUGCUUUAAAGCGUGAGUAUGAGCAUCGUCUACAUGAAGUAGAGUCAAGAAACAAAGAUAAUGCAGAGCUACGCGCUCAGAUCGAGCACCUUCUCUCUCCCGGUCGCGAACACACAAACGAAGCAGAACUACUGCAGAGCGAGCUAGUACGCUUAGAAGACCAAAACCGGGAGCUACAAAGACAGAUUGAAGCGAUUCGGGUUGAGGCUGAUGCCAGACUUAACGAAGCUCAGCAAGUACACAGUCACGCCAUCGAGCAAGAGGCAGCUCAUGCAAGUACGGUUCGCGCGCUAUGCGAGGAGAAGGAAGCGAUGAACCGUGAGAUGCUGUCGCUGCAUGCACAGAAGUCAGCUCUAGAAGCUGAAGUUACGACAGCCAUUAAUGAGGCUGAACGGUGGAAGGCAUCUGUACAACUACUCGAAAACAGCAAAGGCGAACUUGAGCUUCAGAUUCAAGAAGUGAUGCGACAGGCGACUGAGCAGAUCGAGUCUCAAAAACAUUCAGCAGCAAUGGUCACAGAGGAUGGCCGAACUCAACUGCAAAACUUGACGACCCAACUUGUACGCCGUGAUACGCAGAUGAACGAAGGUCAUCAGCAACUACGGAACAUGCAGGAAACGGUGCGAUUGCUCGAAGAGAAGCUUCAUGCUCAGCAGUACGAGUACGAGGGCUUACAAAUGGCGAACGAUGAGUUGACAGUCCAGCUCGAUUCGCUUUAUAACGAGAGACGCGAGCUGGAAGAUAGUAUACCUGCUUCGACCCUUGGAGUUCCGGCAGGGGUGGAAGAGGAUCUUCUCCAAAAGCUAGAACGGUUUUCACAAGAGAUGGAUCGACAGGUCCAGAAAGAAAAGGAGAAGGCUAUGCAGUUACAGGCACUUUUGGGCUCAAAACUGGAUUCGGAACGGCAACGCUCGAAUGACGACCGGACCAAGCUUGAGGAAGAGAUUGCAACGCUUCAGCAACAAUUGACAGGUUAUGUUGCCGAGCUAGAAAAACAAGACUCAGAACUUCUGCAACUACAGCGUGAACGCAAAGAGCAGGACCGCACUCUUGAUGGUAUGCGACAGAAGAUCGCGGCUCACGAGUCAGAACGGGGGACCCAAAGCAGUACAAUUGACAAUUUUGAGCAUCUCAAAGUUUUGCAUAAAGAAUUGAGGACUACGCACGAUCGAAUCAAGACAGAAAUGAAAGCGCAACUGAAAGCAAAAGAAGAUGAAGUGGCUGAUUCGCAGGAUGUAGUCGCCGAGUUGCAGUCCAAGCUGGAUCAAGAGAAGAAAAUGACGAGACAUUUAAUGGAUCUUUCUCAGCAGGAGAAAAAACAGCACAUUGAGAAGGCUGAGGUCGUAAAGGAACUGCAGGAUAGAGUGAAUGAGUUGGAAGCGAAAGUAGCUUCUCUUCAGCACGAGCUUCAAGCAAGUAAGCAAUCUGCUGAUAACAAGCACCAAGCACGCGUGGAAGAGCUGGAAACGCUAGUAAACGAUUUCCAGCACGCAUUUCGAGUAAGUGAAUCUACUACAGCUAGCAAGAGUGAUGCAGAAGUGAAGGAGCUCAAAGCAUUGGUGAAGCAGCUUAAGCAAGAGUUGCAAGCUAGCGAGCAGUCUUUAGCAGGAAGAGAACAGAGUGUCAUGCACGAAAAACUGCAAAAAGAACGCGAGUAUCGGUCGCUACAAGCACGUCACGACAAAUUAGCUGCUGAAAGUGCCACACUUAGUGCUGAUACGAAUGCAAAAGUGGCGGAGAUUGAGCACUUGCACCAAACAGUUGACCGGCUGCAAGAGACGAUCAAACAGCUGCACGAGGAAAUGCGCGAUAACGCGGCUGAUGCACGGGCGCGUCUCCGCGCAUCCGAACAGCUUGCGCCCAAGCACGAAGGUUUGCAAGAUGAGCUCGUCACACGAAAGCAUGAAGCGCGUCAGUAUGAAUCUGAGCUGGCUGCAAAGGAUGAUGAGCUGCAGCAUGAACGGAGGUGUGCUGAUGAGCUAAAGCGUUGUUUUCAGGACAAGCUGCGCGGCAAGGAAAGCGAAGUUGCUUCGCUAAAGCAACAAAUUGCAAAAUUUCAGGAGCGACUCAAGCGCAUUGCCCAGGCAAAGCUCUCUUCGAGACAGCUGACCGGAGUUGAUGCCGCAGCUCGCGAAACAGCGAUGAGCAAAGUUGAGGAAGCGUAUCAGCAAUCGAUGAAGCGAGAGCAGGGGCUGAAAUCUCGAAUUGCUCAAAUGGAAGCGGCAAGGUCGGCUAUGCUCGACCAGUUCUGUCGCGAGAUGAAACGACUUCAUAUCGAGAUCAACGUUAACGGGUCGAAUGUCGAUGGGAACUCCAUUGACGACAAUGCUUUCCACCGUGGAAUACUGGAAAUAUCAGCACAUCUUCGUAGCUUCCAAGAUCGUGAGACCCAUCAAAGCGCACUGAUCCAUCGCAAAGACAAUCAGAUCGACGAGCUGAAGAUGAGGCUGGACGAGCUGGAGAAGAUGUUACGGCUUUGCAAACACGAGCUGAAAAAGCACGAAGAGAAGCAGCAGCAGGAUAGAGUGCUACAUGAGCAGGUGAGGAUCAUGCAUAGGGAUGUUUCGAAACUGAAGCUGGAAAACAAGCAGCUACGUGGAAAAGCUCUGGCUGACUCGACCGUCAACGCAAACGCUAAAUCCUUUGAGAUCGGUGACUGGAAAGAGAAGUGUACUCGACUCAGUCAUCGCGUGCGCGAACUCAAGGAAAUGAACACAAAACUACGGGAGAGAUGCGUUUCUAAGGGCGACGUGAAGGCGCUUGCAGAGGAGGUUGACAAGCUUACAAGUCAAGUGUUGGAAAAGGAUUCGCAGAUUCAAGCUCUUCAAAAUCGUGAGACGACACAAUUCAGAAGCAGCUGCGCUUCUGCUGGAUCGCGGCGCACAAAAGAUCUGCUUGUCGCGUUGCAAAAGAAAGAGGACAAGAUCAUGGCGCUCAAUGACCACCUGACUGGUCUCAUGACGGAGAAUAUGCGGCUUCAGCACAGCACUGAGCAGUACAUUAUCCAAUACGGUCCUCUCUGUGGAGUGACGACGGAUGGUGUUAUUGGCAACUCAGGUAUUAGAGUGCCGGCCCGCUCAAACGACAGCAACUGGCAACAACCUACCGUUCGGUCACAAUAG